AUGUCUGAAGAAACAUCAACAUUUGGUGAUUGGUUAUCCAGCUGGUUUAAUAUAUCAAAGGAACAAGAAUCAUCAACAAAUCUAUUACAGCAACAACAACAACAAGGAACAAACUAUGCAAGAAAUCAGCAAACUCUAUCCUCACUACGGUCUCAAAAGCAACAAGCAGAACCAUCAAAUAAGCAAAGAGAAAAUAAUCGGCAUAAACUAACACGAUCAGACACAGAAAAAUCGUACCUCGAUGCCCCUAAAUCACAACAAGCAGGAAAUGGACGAAAAAUAACCCGCAGGCUUCCUUUGACCAAUAAUCAUCUAGUCGUCGAUUGCCCAAUACCAGAUAGACUGUUGGGUGCCCUGAAUUUUAGUGAACGUGAUGAAUUUUCCCAACUGAGAUACACUGCAGCUACUUGUGAGCCCGAUGAUUUUGAGACAGAGGGCUAUACGUUACGUCAAAAGAUCUAUAAUAGAGAAACAGAACUGUUUAUUGUUAUGACAAUGUAUAAUGAAGAUGAAGUCUUGUUCACUCGCACUAUGCACGGUGUUAUGAAAAAUAUCGCCCAUUUAUGCAGUUUGAAAAGAAGCCCAAUGUGGGGGCCCGAUGGAUGGAAAAAAGUAGUUGUUUGUAUUGUAGCUGAUGGUAGAAAGGUAGUAAACAAGAGAGUACUCAAUGUCCUUGCAUCUAUGGGAGUAUACCAAGCAGGGAUCGCAAAGAAUGUGGUGGACGAUAAACCUGUCAAGGCACAUAUAUAUGAAUAUACGACACAGAUAUCCAUCGAUCCAAGUAUGAAUAUAAAAGGAUCAGAUAAGGGUAUAGUGCCUGUUCAAGUCAUUUUCUGCUUGAAAGAGAAAAAUGCAAAAAAGAUAAACUCUCAUCGCUGGUUUUUUAACGCAUUUGGUCCUAUUUUACAGCCCAAUGUCUGUAUACUGCUGGACGUUGGCACACGACCCGGAAACAGUAGUAUCUAUCAACUCUGGAAAGUAUUCAACAAUAACCCACUGGUUGGUGGCGCAUGUGGUGAAAUUCGUGCCAUGCUAGGCACUGCUUGCUGUCAAUUACUCAAUCCAUUAGUCGCAGCACAGAAUUUUGAAUACAAAAUGUCAAAUAUCCUGGAUAAGCCACUCGAGAGCGUAUUUGGAUAUAUCAGUGUACUACCUGGUGCAUUUUCUGCUUAUAGAUAUGCAGCACUCAAGAACGAUGCGAAUGGUCAUGGUCCAUUGGAAAAAUACUUUUUAGGUGAAGAUCUUCUUCACAAGGACCAAUCGGGAAAACAAGCAGGUCUAUUUGAAGCCAACAUGUAUCUAGCAGAAGACCGUAUAUUGUGUUUUGAACUCGUUGCUAAAAAAAAUGAACGCUGGUUACUUCAAUACGUCAAUAGUGCUUUUGGUGAAACAGAUGUACCGAAUCAGUUACCAGAGUUUAUCUCUCAAAGAAGACGAUGGCUAAAUGGGUCGUUUUUUGCUGGUGUAUAUGGACUUAUUCACUUUCCAAAGAUUUGGAAUAGUGGACACGGGUUUAAUCGUACACUCCUAUUACUAAUCGAAGGGAUCUACAAUGUGAUUAGUCUUAUAUUUAGUUGGUUUGCUGUGGGAAAUUUUUAUAUUGCAUUCUAUUUCAUCACAAAAAGCUUGGCAGAUCCAAGUGUUGAUCCUUUUGGAAAUGGUUGGGGAGAGCGUAUAUUUGAUUUCUGUAGAUAUGUAUAUGCUUCAUUGCUAUUCAUUGUGUUCAUUUGUUCUAUGGGAAACAGACCACAAGGAUCAAAACAUCUCUUUAUGGCAUGUCUCGUUGGAUUUGCCUGCAUCAUGGUGUACAUGUUAUUUUGUGCUUCAUGGUUAAUAUACAAGGGAAUACAAUUAGCAGCCGAACGACAUCAAUGGACAUUGGAUACAACGACUAAUUUUCAAAUAGCCAUGAAUGAUCCUGGACUUCGAAAUAUGUUGAUCUCAUUAAGCUCUACCUAUGGUAUUUACUUUGUAUCAAGCUGUCUUCAUGGUCAACCGUUCCACAUGUUUACCAGCUUUCUUCCAUACUUGCUACUACUUCCUGGCUAUAUAAACAUUUUAAACAUAUACGCUUUUUGUAAUACGCACGAUGUUAGUUGGGGUACGAAGGGCGAUAAUACAAUUGCUAAAGACUUGGGUAUUGUUAAAGUAUCAGAUGAAAAAGAAAAAGGCGUUAAAACUGCAGAAGUUGAGUUACCAGCUGAUCAGUAUGACAUCAAUUGUCAAUACGAUGCAGCACUCUUUGCACUAGACGAUAGACCUAAUAAAAUGGAGGAAAACAAGAGUACAUUAACCAAGGAUGACUAUCAGCGAGCGUUUAGGACACAUCUAGUGCUAGCAUGGAUAGCUUGUAAUGCAGUUUUGGUCAUAUUCAUUACUGCGCCGUCCUAUGAGUCCAUAUUCGUGCAAUCAGCUGGCACGACAUAUAUGUCUGUCUUACUCUGGGUCAAUUGUGGACUUGGUAUAUUUAGAUUCAUUGGCUCUUGCAUAUUCUUAUUAUUAAAUAUCUUUACUUCCGGUUGA